AUGUUCGGAGCGCUUGAAGACCCUCGUACAAUGGGGGCAAAUAUGGGGAGUGCCCCGGCGUCGCCUCCGGGGGCGCGAGCCGUCGACUACUUCGGGGUUCAUUCUGGGGAAUUUCCCGGCGUGAGCUUGAUCACUGGUGCUGGCGGUACUGGUAAGCCCAGUUCAUAUGUUUCAGGUGCCAGCGGAGGUGGCCUCCCUGUGCUAAUCUCUGAUAUAGGCAUCGGCGCCGCUGUGGCCAGGGCCUUUGCCCAACAAGGCUGUUCACGUUUGGCCAUCACCGAUGUGAAUCGGGAGACGCUGCUUCAGACACGAGACGCAAUUCUAGCAAUCAAGCCAGAUGCAGAAGUUUACGCGCAUUCCGGAGAUGUCUCGGACGAGAAGGAUGUAGAAUCUUUCGUGACCGAGGCAUCCCGGCAGUUCGGUCGCUUGGACUACGCAGUGAACUGUGCCGGAAUCCUAGGUCCAUCGCUCAAAUCAGCGGAUAUGAACAUCGAGACUUUUGACACGAUCACGCGUGUCAAUUACCGCGGAUCGUGGCUUUAUUCUCGAGCAGCCCUGAAAGUCAUGUUGAAUCAACAGCCGCUUUCUGCGCAUCCAGAGCAGCGAGGAGCCGUCGUGAACAUUGCAAGCCAGUUGGGCAUCGUGGCGCGGCCUGAAGCUGGUGAGCGAGCCCCUAGUAGUCCUGACGGCCGUCUGAGUGCUAAUAUUGAUACAUCUAUCUAG